UUGCAAACAAGAACGUGCACGCCAAGAACGCCUCCAGAACCACACACCUAGAAACCCAUUUUCAAACUCAAAACAGCAGCGAAACAACACAGCACAUGACCACCGCCGACAGGCCGCACAGCACGCGCAACGCAGCAGACUACACUGCAGACAUGUCCCUGAAAAUAACGAUACGUGACGACGAGCAUUCAGUUGUCGCCGUAGAGGUAGAGGGCGGCGACGCGUGCAUGCGAUCAAGUCCAGCCGAAGAACAACGGCAGGAGGGGCAGGAGGAGCAGCAGCAGCAGCAGCAGCAGCAGCAGCAGCAGGGAGAAGGAGGAGAGACCGCAGGAGGAGAAGAAGGAGACGCUCCCCACGAAACUGGCGGACUCACGGUACGCGUGGUGCUUACCCCACCACCGCAGCAGUAUCACCAUGCCCAGGACCAUGCCCAGGAUCAAGACCGUGAAGGCUACGCCCCAUAUGGCCGUCUUCGACUUAAAGUCCACGAAGUCUAGCUCCAGCUGCUGGCGUUCGGCCAACUCCUUCGCCGCCCGUCGAUACCCCGGUAGCAGGACCUUCGCCCGCGAAAACAUGCCCGCAAUCUUGUUUCCAACGCUGGGAUUGGGACGGGAUGGGGCAGGAAUGCGAGCGCAAGCGGGGUAGUCUAGACGAUGGUUACCGGUGGGUACUUGAUGAUACGUACGUCUUUUUAUCUCUCCUAACGCCCCAACUACUGCUAGAUUUCAUCUCGGCCAAAACAUCGCGAAUCCCGC